CUUACAACUAACCUGCUGCCUCUCCUCCUCAACCAUGCCAGACCCUAUCCUCCCGACCACGACACCCCGCAACUCCCGUCUAGGCGCACGCCGCAUCUCCUCGGUCCGUCCUGACGACCAACAUCUCCCCUUGCCCAACUUGAGCGACAAGGCGAAAGGCAAACGGCGAGCCCUGCCAGACGACAACAAUGACGAGGAAGAUGGUAGCAACAAUAACGCUUCGAAUUCGGGUUUGAGGAAGAAGGCAGUCGAGGAAGAACGGGGGAGGAGCAUAACGUUCAGGUUCACCGGAGAGACGGUAGACUUAGGGGAUCUUGACGUAUGGGUCGAUGCCGGGGAGAGCGUCGGGAGGGUGAAAGACAAGAUGAGAUCCCUCCGCCCAUCUCUCCACUCCCACCCGCUCAAGUUCAUCCACUCGGGUCGUCUACUGACAGACGGCAUCCUCCUCUUACCCUACGUCCGGACACUAGAAGGCCGACACCGUCAAGCACGUUCAGGCUUAGGGUUGAGCGAAGUAGCUGGAGCUUUCCUCGACCAAGCCGUCGAUGCUGAUGGUAACACCGGAGGUCCCGGAAGCUCGGGUUCGGAGCGGGGUUCGAGGGAGACGGGUAUGGGUAUGGAGGAGGAAGAAAAGGUCUGGUUACACUGUGUUGUGGGGGCCAAGGUCGAGGUCGUCGACGAUGACGAUCAGGAGGGUCCGGAUGGACAAGAUGGGGCUUGGGUGGAUGUCGAUGGGCAUGCUGAUGCGGAAGGAGGUGAAGCCAAUGCUACGCAACCCCGUAGACGAGGCUUCGAUGCUCUCCUCGACGCAGGGCUCUCUCCGGCAGACGUUGCGAACAUGAGGAGACAGUUCUAUGCGGGAAGGGGUGAAGAAGUGCCCGAGGGGUUGGAUCAAGACGAUGAACAUACGAGAGCGCUGGAGGAACAAUGGAUCGAGGGUGAUCUUACGCACGAGACCGCGCAGACCGCCGUGGAAGGCAUUUACACCUCGAUCCUCACUGGUCUCCUCGUCGGGUUCCUCUAUCCCAUCCUCCCCUGGUUCUUCUUUCGAGAAAUCCCCGCUCCCAACUUCUUCGACCCGCUCGAGGUCGAACCCGAUCGACUCCCACCCAGUUCCGGUUCUUCUUACGGUGCUUCUACUCGCGAGGUAAACAGCGAGGCAUUGGAAGAGACGCUGGAUUGGAGCAUGGGCAUCAUACCCGGCGCUGGGGGCCGAUCGACGGGAGGAGGAACUACAGGGACGGGGAAUGGUGGCACGGGGACCACGAGGGGGGCUAGCGAGGUGGCUCCGGGGAACCCGGGCCAGAGGGGGUUGUUCGGGUUGAGAGGACGAGCUGGAGGGGAAUGGAUCACCGGGGUCGUCUUCGGGCAACGUGUUCAGAUGGCGAUAUUGAUCGGUACCGUCUUGAAUGUUGGAUUUGGAGCUUUCCGGUUCUUGGUCUAGAGGGUGGGUCGAAAUGGCCGGCUGUAGUUGUACGACCGGGUUGCAACGUGUUUGAGAGCCUAGAAUCGCCAUGCGAUCAUGUAACGGUCGGAAUGGUCCUGGCCUCACACGGUGGGAAUCUUUCGCGUGCGGGCAAGAAAGAAAUAUCCUCAGGCCCGCCAGGACACUGUUUGUGACUUUAUCUCACGCUUAGCCCACCAACCC